GUGGUUGUGGUGCUGGGUUUUCACAGGAGGUCAUUUUAUCUUGUGUGGUGUCUGGGGGCCUAUAUAUAGGCAUGCUCGCCUUGGAGCAGGAGCACCCAUCUCAUUUCUAGGACUCUGGAGGUGGGUUGGGGAGCACCUGCUUGAGUGCAGAAAUGGUGCUCUUGGGUUGGGUUCUGGGGUUGGCACUGGGCUUCUUGGUUGCCUGCAGUGGUUUGUUGAGAUGGAAUGAGGUGAGGUAUAGGAAGAAGGGCCUCCCUCCAGGGACAAUGGGAUGGCCACUCUUUGGGGAGACAACAGAGUUUCUGAAGCAAGGGCCUGGCUUCAUGAAAAACCAGAGACUUAGGUAUGGGAGCUUGUUUAAGUCACAUAUAUUGGGAUGUCCUACGGUGGUAUGCAUGGAUCCAGAACUUAAUAGAUUCAUUCUCAUGAAUGAAGGGAAGGGCUUUGUUCCUGGCUAUCCACAGUCCAUGCUGGAUAUAUUGGGAAGAUGCAACAUUGCAGCCAUCCAUGGUUCCCUCCAUAAGGCUAUGAGAAGUGUUAUGCUUGGUCUCAUCAAUCCCCCAGUGAUCAGAGACCAACUCUUGCCCAAGAUCGAUGAGUUCAUGAGAUCUCACCUCAGCAGUUGGAAUGGGGAAGUCAUAGAUAUCCAAGAGAAAACCAAGGAGAUGGCGCUGCUGUCGGCCCUGAAGCAGAUAGCUAGCAUCGAAAAUGGUCCACUUUCUGAAGCUCUCAAAACUGAGAUCUUCCAACUUGUUCUUGGUACCCUUUCCUUGCCCAUCAACCUUCCAGGCACAAAUUACCGGCGUGCAUUCCAGGCAAGGAAGAAACUAGUAGGCAUGUUGAGAGAGAUCAUUGAGGAGAGAAGAGCUUCUCAGUGCUCUUAUAAUGACAUGCUCGAUUCCCUCCUAAAGAAUGAUGAUACCACAAAAGUAAAAUUAACUGAUGAGCAGAUCAUUGAUCUGAUCAUCGCUCUCGUCUAUUCAGGCUAUGAAACUGUUUCGACAACUUCAAUGAUGGCUGUAAAAUAUCUCCAUGAUCACCCAAGAGCUCUUGAGGAACUAAAGAAUGAACAUCUGAAAAUCCGAAGAGGGAAGUCGGCAAAAGAUGCAGUUGAUUGGAAUGAUUACAAGUCCAUGAGUUUCACCCGAGCGGUAAUUUUUGAAACUCUAAGAAUAGCCACAGUUGUUAAUGGGGUGCUCAGGAAGACAACCCAAGAUGUGGAAAUGAAAGGAUUUGUCAUUCCAAAAGGGUGGAGAAUCUAUGUUUACACUAGGGAGAUCAAUUAUGACCCAUUUUUGUAUCCUGAACCUCUAACCUUCAAUCCAUGGAGAUGGCUGGAAAAGAACCUGGAAUCACACCAGCAUUUCAUGAUGUUUGGUGGAGGAGGUAGGCUAUGCCCAGGGAAAGAACUGGGGAUAGUAGAAAUUGCAGCAUUUCUUCACCACUUUGUGACCAGAUACAGAUGGGAAGAAGUUGGAGGAGAUAAAAUACUGAAAUUUCCAAGGGUUGAAGCUCCCAAUGGGCUACAUAUCCGAGUUUGGGACCACUGAAACUCAUAUCGUAUACAUAUGUAGAUAGGUUUACUAAAAAAUGUUCAAAGAAAAGUGUUUGUUUUCUAUUGUUAAUCAGUGAGAUAUUAGAAAUAUCGUUAGUCAUCACAAAGAGUAUGCAUCACAUCUAGCAAAACAUUCUGUAAAGAGGUCUGAUAAGUACUUAGGGAUGAUAUGUAGGCAUACUAACAACUGAUCAAAGGAAGUGCUUGUCUUCAGUUGGUGUUUCAACUGGAAAGUUGUAUCCUUUCAUUGCAAAAGUUUCUAGCUUUGGUCUAA